UUACUCAAGAGAGACGUUUGAGUACAAGCGCUUCAAGAACAAUGGCUGCAAUGUCUUUGGGGUUUAUAGUACUGGUAACACCAUGGACAAUACAAGAAGUCGUAGUCGCAUGUACAGGCACGAGGGCUCCACCAGGGUUGGACUUUUUAGUGACAUGGCUGGCAUUAAGUAAUAGCUUUUGGAAUCCUUUCCUGUACUGGUUGCUCAAUAAUCAAUUUAGAAGAAUAAGUAGGGAAAUUAUAUUUAAUAAGAUGUGUUGUCGGAAACCCAACAAAAAAAUUCAACAAUUUCACCACCAGCAGCACCUCCAAAGGUGCUGUAAUACAACAGUGACGCAUACACCAGGCUGUGACUUCGAGGGAAUCUCCGAGAAGCAUUGGGGCGAAAUACUAGAACGAACUUUGUCCUCAACGUCUUUACACGCCCUUCAAAGGGCGUAUUCGCAACCGCGUAUGGACAGAUGUAACGGUCUACAAGAAAUGAAAAUGUUCGAUACGUCCGUACCAGAUUUAUGAAAAAAGGAUAAGACCACGCAGACGUUCGACACCAAAUCCGAUUAUCGAGAAACGUCGUUGUCGAAAUGAUUCUGUUUGGUCUUAUCAAUGUUUAUGAAAAAGAUUUAUGUGUAAUAUCGCGAGUGAUAAAUGUAGUUAAUAACCGGAAAUAAUGAAUUGCGUUCGUGUGACUAUUCAAUAAACUUUACAUAAUACGUAAACGUUCGAAUAUUUUGAAAUUGUGAUUAUU